AUGCUCACAAUAAAGGAUAAAGGCGAUUCCGCGGGAGGCAACAAUUCCACGGGACAGCAUCGCUACACGCCGGUUUCAGAGUUCGACGAUGCCACGUUGGCUCAGAGGAGAGAGUACUGGAGAAAUAAGAAGAGGGAGCAGAGGGCGAGGCGGUCCGAGAAGAAGCAAAAGUCGACCAAACCACAUUUCAACCCACCAGCCCAUGCUUCUUCCUUGCCGUCGCAGAAUGGAAAUGGACCAAAUCAAUUGCCUAAUAAUGUGGGCUCUUUGCAGCUGAGAAACCAAGGAUCAGGCGGUUUGGCUGCGUUACAAUGUCAAAAACAACAGUUGCGAAACAAUUUUACAAACGCAGGCAGCAUCACAGUACAAUGCAUGCCCCCGAAAAACGGAUCCGUCAGCUCCACGUCGAUCCCUCACUUAAACAGCAGCAGUUCCUUUUCUGUAGCUGCUUCCCGUCCCCACGUGGCUAUACAGGUACCUCUCGUCCCUAAAGCGAGCCAGCAUCCACCUGCGCCGGUCCUAAUUCAGCCCAAACCGCUCAAUAACAUCCCGUCAGUCUGUAAAAGCACAGUCCAAUUACAAGCUCAGAGUGCCUUGGUCAUCCAGCAGCAGCACAAGCCGACAAAUGAGAGUCCAGCUAAAGCAGAGACCGAGGAAGAGAAGGCGGCCAAGCGGAGAGAACUGUGGCGGAUACGAAAGCGGGAGCAAAGGGCCAGGCUGGCGGUUCGGCUCGGUAAAACCAUAAACAAAGCACAACCCGUUCAGAGGCAGGUCACGAGUAACGGCUUAUCGCUGAACAAUCUGUCACAAAGUUUGAUGCAAUCGCGAUCUAUGGGGAAUGCAACGAUUCCAGAAAACAACGCGGCAACUGCAUUCAAGACCCAGCCUCCGUUCAUUGUCGUGAAGAGGCCGUUCGAGCCAAUCCGGAACAGUACGAGCCCCUUCCACCUGUCUGGAGUGAUGCGAGCAGCCAGACCCAACAAUUUCAAGCAAAAGCUGCUGAAGCUGAAGCCCUCGUCCAUGGCCUAUCUCUGGGGAAUCAAGGGCAUCCCGACGGCGGACCCCAGCGACACCCCCGAACAAGUCGUAGCCAAAAGACGCGAGUACUGGCGCAUGAAGAAGCGGAUACAGCGUGCCAAAAUGCCUGUGGAUGUCAAGUUGAGAAUGAGAGAGAAGGACGAUCUGCAGCGAAGGCUAAAGAGCUACCAGAAAAUACUGGAGGACAUGAGGAGGGCGAGGGCCCAGUCCGUCAUGCAUGCGUCAGAGACCAUCGGCGGAUUCAUCAAAGAGGACGGAACUGUCACAAUCAACGUUCCACAGGUUUCCGUGAACACGCCAGCACAGAGAAGGAUACCACAAGAUGAUAUUGGUUCGUGUAGCACAAAUCCACAAACAAGUAAACACAUCGCGCCCUUAGAAAGUCCUGUUUUGCCUUUUCACCAAUCUUAUGAGUCUUGCCAAAUACUGACCGAUAAACCUCCAAGUCCAGCUUGUGGCAGUUCGACACACGCACAAGGAUCUCAUCUCACUUUAACCCCUGCGUCGCCCAAGAACCGUUCACCUACUGGAGGCUGCGUCAUGAAGAUGGAGGUGUCGUGCAAAGUGCCAUCUCUGAGCAAGUGUUAUCUAGAUCCCGGGCUGACGGAGGAGGAGAAGAUGGCGAAGAAGAGGGAGUACUGGAGGGUGAAGAAGAGAGAACAACGGGCCGCCCGCACCAUGCUACUCCGGCAAGGCCACUCGCCAGCUCGAGCUAGCGCCGUUUUACUGCGGAGGAAAGCACAAAAACUAGCCGUACCACUUAGCAAGCGCUUCCCAAAACAGUUUGGAGGCAUUGCAAACAACAAUAUGGCUUAUGUAAAUGAGAUGAAACAAGAGAAUGAUUUAAUUCCAGCAUUUGACCUAAAUUUGAAUGAAGCCAUCUGUCCAGAGCUCAAAGCCCAAAUGUCCCAAACGCCACCCCCAUCUCAGGCCGACUCUGACCCAGGUCUGAGUGCUGAUAACCAGGCUACCACUCUGCUGGCUGUGGCCUCCAUGAAGAAACUCCUGGAGGAAUCGCUUAGCAGUGUUUCAGACUGUCAAACGCAGACUGGAAUUAAAAUGGAGGAUGAAAAUGAGAACCAGGACAUAAAGCCAGAUGUGUCACUGGACGAUGUUUGCGCACCAAUUACCACUCAUGUAAUGUUGGACACAGAAGGCAGUGAGGCUGAUACAAAGAUUUUUGAGCAUGUAUCAUUUGAGCAAAAAGAUGUGGCCCAAAUAACGGAGUCUACAAUUCCCCUUAGUCUUCCCAACAACACACCUGAAGCUCAGUCUUUCUUGGUAAACCCCAAAAUGGAGGCUCCUGAUUGUGCUGAAAAAGCAGGUCACCAACACUGCUGUUCUCCUGAGCCCCCCAAACUACACCAUCCUCCUGUUGACACUCAAACGGAGAGUCUGGACAUAAAUCACUUCAGGGAAAAGUGUUCACAAGUUCACAUGACCUUAGAGCAAAAGAGGGAGUACUGGAAGCUGAUCAAGAGACAGCAGAGGGCCCGGGUGAAGGCCAGACAGAAGAGCCUCAGCAAUGUGGGCUCCUACAGAACUGUUCAGUCUUCAAGUUUCAUGUUAAACAAGCGCGCCACGAUAAAACCAGCCCUGCUGCCCAGGCCGACACAGUCUGCAGUGGCCGGCAUGCCGUCUGUGCUCCUGGUGAGCCCCACAGUGGCCAACGCUGGCCCCCAGGGCACUCUGAGGGUCAAGUCACCGGUGUGCAGCAGAGAUCCUGGCUAUGGCUCUACCAGAGGGAUUGAAAACGCACAUGUGAAUAUUUCAGGAUUCCCUGCUUUACAGCCUCCCGAUAACCUUCUCUCCAUCAACGCACAACCUGCCCAAACCCUCGGUCAGAACUUCAGCCGCACCCUGAGGUCCACAACAGUUCCAUGUCCACCAAAGCCAGAUAAUGCUCAUAUUAUUGCCUCACGAGGAGUUGGCAGCAUCGCCCCGCCCAAACGUGUAAGUGGGGAGUCCGAGGAGGACUUCCACAAGAGGAAGAGAGAAUACUGGAGGAUCAAGAAGAAGGAGCAGAGAGCCAGAAGAGCAUUUCAGCACAAGGACAGAGGCCCUCACCCCAGCUGCUCCCAAAACCAGCCCCAGUACACGCCACAGGAGCCCCAACAAGAGCAAUGUGAAGCGGAGUCAAAUGAGUGGAUGAACCCGCUUGUGGAACCAGAAGACCUGAUAAAUGAUCCGGAUGCAGCAGACGGCUCCUUCUCUUUCCCAAGUUACUGCUUGCCAAUAGAGGACUUUCCUGAGGAGGUGGAGGAAGAGGAGGCGGCAGUGGGCUGCGAGGAGGGCGCCCUGACCACAGACUUCUGGAGGAACCACUACCUCAUGGACCACGACCCCCUGAACCAGCUGCUGGUGUGCAUGGUGUGUGGGGAGCUGCAGUACGGCCACAGCCUGGAGGGGGUCCGGGGCCACAUCGAGGAGGCCCACCCCCACACCCUGAGCUUGGAGGCCGGGGAGAGGCAGAGGAUCCUCCAGGCCUGGGACGAGCAGGUUUUCCAGAGGGAGCGCUUCUUCACCAACCAGCUCCAGCAGAACAGCUCUUCCGCGGCAGAUGCUCACAUGAACUGA